UUGACGGUGCAGGUGCCCUACCUUAUCCCCUUUCUCUCUCGCGCGCACGACACGUCUGCUUCUCUUCCUCCUUUCAUCCCCAUUUCUCUCUCCCAUCCUUAGAUCUCAGCGGCGGCGGUAGCAAGUGAGCCAGGUGACUUGGGCGGCGCAGAAAACCCUAGCCACCUUCGUCUCCCUCUCCUCCCUUCGCGCUGCCUCACCGCAUGCCAUAGUGAUCUGCUGGAAAUGCCGACCUGAUAUUUACCAUUGGCAAGUUCGGCUGGUUCAAGUAUGAGGCGCUAGUCAUGGGGAAUCACGGGCCGCAUCACCUGUUUCUUGGGCAGACGCAGCUACAUUGCUGGGGCAUAGGGUGCGACGAUGACAUCGUGGACCUCCUCAGCCGCCGGUUCAACCUCUCCUGCACACCUCCUCCAUCUUCGUCCUCCACCAGCCCAAGCUGCGCCACCAUCCAUGGCAUUGAGUUACCAUGCGCCAUCCAUCCAACAGCUAAUCUGGGAUGUCAUCAGGUUGGAGCAAUACUGCAGGGCGUUUCUGUGUCAUGUUCCUCAAGAACAUGGUCAAGAAGCCCCCGAAUAUCUGAUCCUCUGGUUUGUUCAAAAUAGAUUUCUUCAUUUCGUCCUUCGUUCGUGCCUGGUAUAUGACAGAAGAAUGAUAGAAAUGAGACAGAGUAAGAAAAAUGUAGAGUGUAUAUGCUAACAGGGUCUGAUCGUAUCGGUGCACAGGAAAUUGGUGACUGCAAGGUUAGGCAGAGGGAUGGUUCAGAGCUGCAGUCCUGUAGUAGGAGGAUGUUGCUUGAGCGCUUGCUAGGUAAACAAUUUUGGCCUGAAUCCAAUUAUGGGCACAAAAAAAUAAUAUAAUAGCUUCAGUUAGAAAAGACUAAUGGGAAAAGAUGUUUUUUUAGCAUUGUUGUAUCAUGUGAUUCUUUUGACACUGCAGGACAUGUAAGAACCAAAUAUUAUUCAUGGAAUUACUGACUCACCAUUCACUAAACUGCUUUGGUUAAAUGACUCUGCAAAGAUCAAUAUAUUCAUGAUUCUUUUCAGUACUUCUAAAGUGUGUUGAUGUUUUCAGUACUUCUUGCACUGAAGAACAGUCUUAGUUUUGGUUUAUUAUUAGGUUUUUUUCUUACCUUGUCUCCUCACCAUGACAACCUGUAAUUACUCUCCUGUCUUUGAGAAAGCAAAGCACCUGUUCCUAGAAAACGAUACUAUGUCUUUUACUAUUCCUAGAAGGUCCAAGAUUGACACUUCUGCUUUGUGGCAUUCUUUUUAUUUAAACAAAUAAAUAGUGCAUAUCAAACUCAGUAUAUAUUCAUGAGCAGAGUGCCACUGUAUCAAACUCUGAAUUUAGUAGAGAAAUAUUGAUUUGAGGGAAAUUGUGAUAUCUCUAGGUUGAACUUACAUUAAGCUUGGGCAAGCACCAAGUAUACAACCAGGUAUUCUGUCCCUGCAUCAAUGGCUGAGUUGCAGGAAUGAUUUGAUAGGAGACUACUUUUUUGUUCAUUCUUUUUCCCCUUAUUAUACCUUUUGCUGGUAAGGUCAGUUUUUUUUUUUUAGCAUGGUAAUCAUUUGUUGGUUGCUUAAUUCAGUUUGUACCUCCUUAAUUUA